AUGUCUCCGUCUUCGUCAGCAUUGCCAGUGCGCGAUAGACCACGAUCCAGGCAAAGCUCAAACGCAACGCCGAUCGCCGGCCGAGCUCCUUCCAAGCGCUCGUCUAAGGAAAAGAUCUCAUCAAGACAACACAGUCCUUCAUCUCCAGUACGAGAAGUAGUCAAGGCCAGGCCACCGCAGUACACGGUGUUUAUCAGAUUGCCGUUCAUCAGGCAAGGGUUUGAGGAUCCACCGCCGGUACAGUGGGAUGCUGCUAAAGAUCGCAAGUUAUGGAAGAUUAUCAGUGCUGGGAAAAGCAGUGAUCUGGACUGGGAGGGUUUGAGCCAGGACUUUGCGGUUGACCUGCAGUUCUUGCUCAUGCAAGCGGCAUGGCUGAGCGAACGCCAUAUGGAGAGGAUGAAGAAGCAAGUUGCUAGGAUCGCGCAAGGAGAUGGUGCGAGCAGUAGUGGGACAGGAAGCGCAGUCGGGGGGCUGAAGAUGGAAAGAGGUGGCAGUCGAAACUCCAGAAUUCUGCCUGGAAGUGGCUUGAGACGAGAGUCUCCAAUAGGUGAGCCCAGUGGAUCGCCUGGAACCAGCACGCCACAGGCGAGAGGCACCAUAUCACGAUCGCCAUCUACAACCACCGUGACGCAAAGUAAGGUAACAGGAUCGACCACAGCGACAGCUCGCCAACAACCAUAUCUGCAACGUGCACAUCGAGGCUCAAGUGGUUCUGGUCGAAAGCCGCAACGGCUAGUAACAGACUCCUCCCGCGACGACUACGAUGAAGAUGCAUUAGAGCACGAAGGCAGAUCAGAGUCCGACUCUGAUGAUGAGCCUGUAUCGGCCGUGGCGAGGAGUCAAGCUUUCUGCAGACCUCUGAUGGCCAGGAAACCGAAGUCGAAGCUGGGGACGCUCGCAUCGGAUGGUGAUGCUGACGGCGACGACGACGAUGAUGAUUCGGGAGGGUGCUAUCUGCCCUUCGCAGCCGCUUCUAAAGCCGAUCCAGCCGCGACGAUUCGCAGCUCACCCAAGCGAACAGCCGCCACUCUAGCAUUCGCAACAACCACGGCCACGAGCAGCAAACCCAAGCCCACCCGCGAGAACUCCACAGCAACAACCGCCACCGAUUCCUCGCCCUCAUCCUCCGGUAUGCAACGCAAACUGUCCACCGACACCGAAGGCGCUUCAGACACUCCCUCAGGCCAGCAUGUCCCUCGACAGCGGAGCGAUCGACGUCCAGGACCAUUGUCACCUCGCCAUCGUGCUCAGCUUGCAAGCAUGUCGCCAGGAUCGAAACGUGAUGGAAUUGAAGGAACACCGAGCAUGGGAUCCAGCUUUAGUGAUCUGGACGAUGCAAGUGUGACGCAGAGUGCCCUGGAAGAUGCGCUGAUGAGCAAUAUGAGGCAUCAGGGUGGGAGUACGAUGGCGAGUCGGAUGAGUAGUUUGAGGGAUGCGCUUGGUAGGCGCAAUGGUUGA